AUGUACGCGUGCGUUAUCUUUCUCAAGGGCUUCAGACCGUACUGGUGGUGGGGUCUGUCCACGGGCGACCAUCCUGAGCUCAUCAAGGCCCGCUUCGCCAGUAGAGCGCGUGAGCCAGCAACGUUGUGGGACAACCCCGUGAAGGGCAAGUGGCAGCAAUGCGUGCGACCCUCCCCUGCAUAUGCUGAAGCGCCUCUGUACGAGUCAACAGGGUACCUGCAGGUGUUCUUGGAUGGCGGCCUCAACCAGCAGCGCAUCAGCAUAUGCAACGCGGUGGCAGUGGCUCGCCUUUUGAAUGCCACGCUGCUCAUCCCGCACUUUCAGAUCAACCCCGUGUGGCUGGACGACAGCCAGUUCGAGGACAUAUUCGAUAUAGAGCACUUCAUGCGCUAUCUUAAGCGAGACGUGCUGAUAGUGAGGCAGCUGCCACACAAGUACCGCUGGAGCACACGGGAGUUCUACAGCACGGGCGUGCACCAGAACCGCAUCAAGUUCGCGCCCAUGCACGCCUCUCCGGAGUGGUAUCUGAAGAACGUGCUACCAAAGCUACAGCGCCACGGCGUCGUGGCAAUAGCGCCCUUCACCCACCGUCUCGCUUUUGAUGGCUUGCUGCCAGACGUGCAGCGCCUGCGCUGCCGCGUCAACUUCCACGCGCUGCGAUUCGUGGAGCCUGUCAGGAGGCUCGGGAGGAUUCUGGUGGAGCGACUGAGGGAUCCCAACAGGCGGCAUGUGAAGCGAGGCGUGCUGUUUGGGAAGGGAGGCGAUGUGUCGAGCUAUGGCGGCAAGGGGAAGGUGGGAGGGAGUGGGGACGGGGCAUUGGAAGGAGAGAAAGCAGCGGAGAAAGAAGCAGAGGAUGAAUCAGAGAAAGCGGCUGAGGUAGCAGCAGAGAAAAUAGCUGAGAUGGUGGGGAAGUUGCAGGAGGAGGCUGGUGCUGGUGCUGAUGCUGGGACAGGUGGAGAGAAAGCAGCGGGGAAAGAAGCAGAUGAGGAAUCAGAGAAAGCAGCAGAGGGAGCAGCGAAGAAAGCAGCGGAGAGGGCGGGUGCUGGUUCAAGAGAGGGUGGAGACAGGGCGAAGGUUGUGAGUGAAGGAAAAGAUGAGAUGGAGGAAAUCUCUCCAGAGGGUCUUGCUGGAGGAGGAGGGCUGAAGGGAGGAGGGGAGGAGGAGGGUUUGGGUGGAGGAAACGCGAGUGCAGGGAGUGUGACUACUGGGAACGGCAGUGCGGGGAACAGCAGUGGAGAGAGGAAGGUGGAGGUGGGAGAGGUGCUGGAUGCACAGUGGGUUCCCGUGGAUGGCUUGUCACAGAUAGAAGAGAGUGACGAAGGGGAGGACAGGGGUGAUGGGGAAGGCAGUGCAGGCGGGAUACACAGCGGCAGUGGUAGCAGUGGCAGCAGGAAGGAGGGUGAUGCGGGCAGCAGUCGUUUGUUGAGUGGUCGGCCGCUGCUGGAUAAGAGAGCGGGGUGGGGGCGCAAGGAGGGGAAGAGGAAGAAAUAUGUCGCCAUGCACCUGAGGUUUGACAUGGACAUGGUGGCUCACUCAGCGUGUGACUAUGGCGAAACCUGGGCAGAGCGAGAGGCACUCUCAAAGUACCGCGAGUACGCAUGGCUGGGCCGAGUGGACAAGCUGCGCUUCUCUUCAGACGAGCUGCGCCUGGCGGGCAAGUGCCCUCUCACACCAGAAGAAGUGGGACUUGUUUUGGCCGCUCUCGGCUUCUCGGCGAAAACGAGGCUUUAUGUGGCGACGUAUCAGGUGUAUGGAGGGGAGAAAAGAAUCGCUCCUCUGCGGAGAUUGUUCCCCUGGCUGGAGGACAAGACGAGCCUGGCCACGGAGGAGGAGCUGAGACCGUUUUUGGGGAAGGCGUCGCUGCUGGCAGCACUGGACUUCUAUGUGAGCCGCUACAGUGAUGUGUUCGUGUCGGCUUCCCUCGGCAACAUGCACAACGUCAUGGCUGCACACCGUGCGUACUUCGGCGGAUUAAAGACAAUAAACUUCAACGGUACACUCUUGGCGACGCUGCUUGCGGCUCCUCCAAACACCCUCAACUGGAACGAGUUUGUUCGUGCCGUGCGGAUCGGGCAUCGGUCGCGGAUGGGCAAGAUCAAGCUAAGGCGUGCUGGGCAAUCCAUUUACACGUAUCCUGCUCCGGAUUGCUUGUGUCCAGUAGACGUACCGCCAUCGCCGCCCACUGCUGGUGUGGUAACAGAUGUUACAAACCGUGGUUUGGUUACGUUAACAAAUGGUGAUAGUCAUUCAGCCAAGGAAGCUGAAGUUGCCACAAACGAGGAUAAGGUCUCUGGUGGGGAUAGGAGUGUUGCUGAUGAGACCACGGAUGUGCGGGAUGUUGAUUGGGACAAAAUGGUAGACCCGAACAAGUCGUGCGCUGCAGGCAUGGCGGCGAGAGGCAGAUUCGGCGGGGUGAAGCGAGAGAAUGAAGGCUUCGACUUUCAGUACCGCAUGUCCGUUGACAAUAGAUACAAGAAGGCAGCUGAGGGCCGUCGCAGAUUGAGACUACUGACGACAUUGCAGUCGCUCUACUCCUUCCUGCGAGUCCUCAUAGCAGCCUCGCUCAUGGCCCGCCCGCUCAUCACAGCUCGACUGCAGGGGAACACGGGUGGGCGAGCAGUGGCGCUGCAGGUGGAUGUGAAAGAGUCGCUAGCAGCGGCACUGGGAGCAGCUGCGGCACUUACGGGUAACCUAGCAUCCGGCACAUCGCGGGCACGAGUGCUCAAGCUGUAUGCCACGCUCUCCCUCAUGGCCUGCAUUGCAGCGCUCUUACCCCUCCUCACUGGCCCUCUUGUCUACCCGGAAAAAUGGAUGACUGUGAGGAAGAGUAGUAGCAGUAAUAGUGUGGAGGGAGCAGUUAAUCUGGAGCAGCUUUGGACUGCUGUAACAACAGCCAGCAUUGCCAUCGACAUGGCAGGAGCUCUGCUGCAUCUCAUGGUUGUAGCCGAGUCCGAGUCGUCGGCCCUGAAACCGUCGGAAUGGAGCGACCGUGGCGGUUAUUUCACCGCUCCGUCCAAGGACCUGUACUUCUACAAGGCUGGAAGGUCGAUGAGCGAGGGGCUCGACGAUUUUUGUCCUCCUGGUUUUCCUGAAGCUUUCAAGUACACUGGACGCGUGUCACGGCUUGCGAUGUCCGCCAUUGCUCGGCACCUGAAGCUUCGCGGCGAUUUCUUUUCAGCGUUGCUCGACGACUGCCCGUUGCCGGUCGGCGAGGUUUCGUCGUCCGUGUUAGCCGCGACCUGUCAAAGGAGUGACUAUUUCAAACCUGACGACGCAGCUGGAAGCGUGUCCGAGGCAUCGGAGACGGAGAAGGGCCUUUUGAUGCUCGUGACUGCUGAUUUCCCGGGCCUUCAGGUGUGCAAUUCCGAGGGCGUUUGGUCGCCGGCGGACCAGGGCGUGCCGCCGGGAAGCCUGCUGCUGCUGGCCGGCCGUUGCCUCCAUCGCGCCACGGCCGGCCUUUGCCCCGCCUCCACCUACCGCGUGCUGCAGCCCGCCUCCGCGGGAGCCACCAGGUGUUCGUUGUCGUUCCGCCUGAUGCCGCGCCCUGCAGCGCCGAUUGACUGCUCUCCGCUAAUUCACGCGGGUCACGCAGUCCCCUCAAGCAUGCGAGCCGUCGUUCACGCUGGCCCGUUCCUCGAUUCGUUAAGCUCGUUUGCUCACGAUGCUGCGAGCGAUUCGAAGGAGUCGAGCAUGGCUGUUGCGUGCAAGCUGGAAAAGACUUCUCUUUCUUCAAUGGUUGUAGAUCCUGCCUCAGGGUCUCUUCUUGAGGAUGCAAUGAUCGCUCCGUGUGGCCAUUCCUUUGGUGGAGCGACGCUCUCUAGGGUCAUUGACUCUAUGCUCUGUCCUUACUGCAUGGCCUCGGUAGACAUCAUGACUCUAAUUCCCAACCUAGCCAUGAGGUCAGUGGCGUCCUGCUUCCGCCCUGGUUUGUCACAUAGAGCUGGUGUUAAGGUCCCGAAGAGAAAACGGGUGAAGGAGUUCGGAGACGGGAAAGACCCGUCUGAAGCUGUCAAACGCAGAACCAAGACUGAAGAUGGAAUGCUUGCUGGCUCGUUUGAAGGAGAUGCGUUUGGUCGUCCAAAAGGAGGAGUACAGUUUCCAUUUUCUGUGAAUGACAAAGUUUUGAUCAAGGGAAACAAGCGCACUCCUGAGAAGUUUUUUGGCAGGGAGGCAAUAAUUACAUCUCAGUGCUUGAACGGCUGGUACUUGGUUCGCAUGCUUGACACUGGGGAAAGUGUUCGCCUGCAAUACCGCUCUCUUCAGAAAAGUGAUGGAACACCUCUGGAGACUGGCGACACUCGUCUCUCUAGCAGUCCAGAUGCUCAGAUGGAAAGGAAGCACGGAGCAGACUCCACAGCAAGGUGGUGGGAGUCGAAGCCUGGUGUUGGAGAAAUGUCGGCCCUGCUGCAAGAAGACGAGAAAGAGGACAAAUUUAGCCGACCGAUUUCGCUAGCACUACUGGACGAAUCUGCCCCACAACGACCCAGUCCUGAUGAGCCUGCACCCGCUGCUCGUCUUGAACAACCGCCCAUUUCUUCAACACCCAGCCAUCUUGCUGUGAGCAAUGCUGCGGAUAUGGCAGCACCACGUGACUCCCAAGCAUACCUGGGAGCUCAUGGAUCAAGCCUUGCCAAGCAGACUCAAGCAUUGAUUGCUGCAGCAGCAGCCAUGGAAGAGGAAUCAAGAGAGGUGUCUGGGGAUGACCGUGUGUCCGGUGUCCAUGAUGAUCCUCUAGCCAUAUUACCGCCUCCUGCCAAGCAAAUGGUGAUCAAGCAAUGCCAGCCCAAGAGUGCAAGGAAACGUAGCUCUCAUGGCCGGACUUCGCAAGUUAGAGCUCAGGCUAAUGCCGCAGGACCACCGCCUGCUGAAACAUUUCAGGCCGCCGCAUUCGCGGCGCAGCCGCGUGCCGUUCCGAGGAUAUGCGUAGACGAUCUUUUAUUAGAAGACGGUCCGCCGUCGUCGUCGUUCAUCCGCGCUGCCGAGACGUUGUAUCUCUCGCUCGCACAGAACGGAGCGGUGAUUUUGGAACCCGCGCGACACGAUGCCGCGUCGUUGUGUAGGACGUUGGAAUCCGCGCGGCUUUACUUUCGGCGACGCGCAGAUCCGUCGUCGUCGUCGGCUUCGCCGUCAUUCCCGGAACAGCCUGCGUGGAAUGACGGCGGCGGAUACUUCCAGGCACCUUCCAAGGACUUGUACUUUUACAAGGCCGGCAGGUCGUUGAACGAAGCAAUCAGCGACUCAUACCCGCCGGGGUUUGCGGAAUCGUUCAAGUACUUGGGGAAGGUUUCGCGGUCCGCCAUGUCGGCUCUCGCUCGCCAUCUGAAAGUCCGCUGCGAUUUCUUCUCGAGUCUGCUCGACGACUGCCCGCUGCCGAUCGGCGAGGUGUCCUCCUCCGUGCUCGCCGCAUCGUGCCAGCGCACCCAAUCUCCUCAAGACGGUUCCGCCAGAACGACACCAGACGCCACGGAAAUUGAAAAGGGCCUUCUCAUGCUCGUCACAGCCGAUUUCCCAGGCCUCCAGGUGUGCAAUUCCGAGGGCGUCUGGUCGCCGGCGGAUCAGGGCGUGCCGCCGGGAAGCCUGCUGCUGCUGGCCGGCCGUUGCCUCCAUCGUGCCACGGCCGGCCUCUGCCCCGCCUCCACCUACCGCGUGCUGCCGCCCGCCUCCUCAGGGACCACCAGGUGCGCGCUCUCGUUCCGCCUUAUGCCGCGCCCAUCCGCGGUGAUCGACUGCGCCGUGCUGGCGCAUGCGGGCCACGCCGUGCCCGCUGCCAUGCGCGAGAGCGUGUGCGCGGGGGCGUUCAUGGACUCUCUCUCCGCGUCCGCCGCCGACCUGGGAAGCAGCGACAGAGAAUCCAGCCUGGCGGUUUCAUGCAAGCUGGAGAAGUCUUCCCUUGCGUCCAUGGUCUCCGACCCUGUCUCGGGGUCGUUGUUAGAGGAUGCGAUGGUUGCUCAGUGCGGGCACUCGUUCGGCGGAGCAACACUCGCGAGAGUCAUGGACUCGAUGGUGUGUCCAUACUGCAUGGCUCCUGUUGACGUCAUGGCGCUCAUUCCCAACCUCGCUGUGAGGUCGGUGGCAUCAUGUUUUGGAAAGGGCCUGCCGCACCACACAGGGGGCGGGGCUGGGGCAGGAGCAAAGGUGCACAAAAGGAAGCGUGACAAGGAUCACCCGGGGGAGGGCAAGCUGUUGCCGGAUGGUUCCCUGCCUCAACCAGUCAAGCGCCGCCCCAAGCCUGAGGAUUCGGGCCUUCUCGGGUCGCCCGAUGCUGAAGGUGGUGGUCGCCUGAAAGGCGUCCAAUUCCCGUUUUCUGUAAAUGAAAAGGUUCUGAUAAAGGGGAAUAAGCGAACACCUGAGAAGUUUUUUGGCAAAGAGGCUGUGAUCACUUCUCAGUGCCUCAACGGCUGGUAUCUCGUGCGAGUGCAGGACUCGGGUGAAAGCACUUACUAG